UAAUACUCUUACACACUAACUUCACUUUCCUCGCCUAUCUCAUUUUUUUAAUCUCUAUUUACACCACACACGUUUUCAAGUUUCACUCGAAAUUCAGCACCAACCCUUCCUAUUUUUUUGACCAACUUCCACCGUUUCCACUCUCUCUUUCUCUCUCUAUUAAACUAGACAAAAUAUUAAGAAUCUAUGAAUAUGUCAAAACUUUAGGUUGUCAUAAACAUUAUUCCAGCUUAUGCUUAGCUAUAUUCUUCCUCAACUUGUCUUUUUUCCUUCUUCUUCCAUUCAAAUCUCUCUCUCAAAAUAACAAAAAAAACAGAUCCUUUCAAAUUUGUCUUCUCCUCCCUCUCUCUCUACCUUCAUUCUACUUGAACUACAACAGUGUUAAAAGAUCUUCCUAGGAUUCAAAUUGCUUAAAAAAGAUAGUUUUUUUGGAAGCAAAACAGAAAACCCAUUAUGAUGGAUUGGAGAAAAGUUGGUUUGAUUAUCUGUGCUUUGAAUCUAUUGCCUUUGGUGUGUUUUUGUGCAACUUUUGUUCCAGCUGAUAAUUACCUUAUAGAUUGUGGAUCAACUUCAACUACUUCAGUAGGUAACCGCAAUUUCACUUCAGAUACUUUAUCAAAGAAGUUACUUACAACUCAGCAAGAAAUUCUUGCUACUACUUCUGCAAAUUCAGUUUCUUCUAAAGAUGAUGAAUCACCACUUUAUAGAACUGCAAGAGUUUUCACUGGAUCUUCAAAGUACACUUUGCCAAUUAACCAACAGGGGAGACACUGGAUCCGGUUUUAUUUUUUUCCAUUUAUUUAUGAUAGAUACAAUUUGAAUGCUGCGAAAUUCGAUGUAUCGACGCAAACCAUUGUUCUUAUUAGUGGUUUAACUAUGCAGAAGAAUCCUUUUAUGAAGGAAUAUUCUAUCAAUGUUACCACAGAUACCCUUGAGAUUACCUUUCGUCCUUUGGAUAGUUCGGUUGCAUUUGUGAAUGCAAUUGAGGUUGUUUCUGUCCCUGAUGAUCUCAUUGCUGAUGAUGCUUUUAACUUGAAUCCGUUGACGUCGUAUUCGGGUUUGGGGGCUCAGGCUUUGGAGACUGUUUGGAGGGUUAACAUGGGUGGUCCAGUUGUUACAUCUGGAGAGGACCCUCUUCAGAGAACUUGGGUUUCAGAUCAAAAGUUUCUUCUAACAUCGAACCUUGCCAAUGAUGUUUCGAAUAUUCCUGGUGUUAAGUAUGCUGAUGGAGGACCAACACAAAACACUGCUCCGCCUAGUGUUUAUGGUACUGCCGCGGAGAUGAACACAAACACGUCCACCGGUGAUACUAAUCUUAAUUUCAAUGUAACAUGGCAAUUUGAUGUGGAGCCUGGAUUUCAAUACCUUGUUCGAGCUCACUUUUGUGAUGUAGUCAGUAAAGCUCUCAAUUUACUUUACUUCAAUGUUUAUAUUGACUCAAUGGCAGCUGCUAAGGAUCUUGAUCUCAGUUCUAAAGGUAAUAAUGUUUUGGGUGUUCCAUAUUUUAUGGAUUUGAUUGCGCCACUGGCUGACAGCAAUAAACUAAAUGUAAGUAUUGGCGCUUCCACUUCGAAUAAGGACAACCCCAAUGCUAUUUUGAAUGGGCUGGAGAUCAUGAAAAUGAACAAUUCUAUUGGCAGUCUCAGUGCAAAUGCGGCGUCUGGUGCUGGUGGCGAUACCUCUGGUUCGAGUUCUAGUCAUGUUGGCCUGAUAGCUGGCGUGAGUGUUGGGGUAGUGAGUGCAGUGGUCUUGGCCGGAGUUUGCUGCAUACUGUGUAGAAAAAGAAGGAGGUUGGCACAACAAAGGCAGUCAAAGACAUGGAUUCCUUUGUCCGUCAACGAUACACAUACGAUGGGAAGUAAAUAUUCCAACGGCACAACAAUAAGCGCUGCUUCAAACUUUGAGUACCGUGUUCCUUUUGCGGAAGUUAAGGAGGGUACAAACAAUUUUGAUGAGAGUUGGGUCAUUGGGGUAGGUGGUUUUGGGAAAGUCUACAAGGGUGAGUUAAGGGAUGGCAGGAAAGUGGCGGUGAAGAGGGGGAAUCCACUGUCGCAGCAGGGGAUUGCUGAAUUUAGAACGGAAAUUGAAAUGUUGUCUCAAUUUCGUCAUCGUCAUUUGGUGUCUUUGAUUGGUUAUUGUGAUGAAAAUAAUGAAAUGAUUCUGAUAUAUGAAUACAUGGAAAAUGGAACUCUCAAGAGUCAUUUAUAUGGUUCUGGGCUCCCGAGCUUAAGUUGGAAGCAGAGACUUGAGAUUUGCAUUGGAUCUGCUAGAGGACUGCAUUACCUUCACACCGGCUAUGCUAAAGCAGUCAUUCACCGAGAUGUAAAGUCGGCAAAUAUCUUACUUGACGAGAACCUGAUGGCUAAGGUGGCUGAUUUUGGAUUGUCAAAGACGGGUCCUGAACUUGAUCAAACGCAUGUGAGCACGGCCGUCAAGGGGAGUUUCGGAUACCUUGAUCCAGAAUAUUUCAGGAGGCAGCAACUGACCGAGAAGUCCGAUGUGUAUUCCUUUGGGGUAGUUUUGUUUGAAGUUCUUUGUGCAAGGCCUGUUAUAGAUCCAUCACUUCCUAGGGAAAAGGUAAACUUGGCAGAAUGGGCGAUGAAAUUUCUUAAAAAAGGACAGUUGCAACAAAUCAUUGAUACAGCACUAGCAGGGAAAAUCAAACCAGAAUCUCUUAGGAAGUUUGGAGAAACUGCUGAAAAAUGCUUGGCUGACUAUGGUGUUGACAGACCUUCAAUGGGAGACGUCUUGUGGAAUUUAGAGUAUGCUCUUCAACUUCAAGAAGCCGAGGUUCAAGGUGAUCCUGAAGAAAACAGUACAAACAUGAUCGGCGAACUCUCUCCACAGGUCAACAACUUCCACCAAGACGCAAAUGUUUCUUCUUCUGCUUCAGCUGUACAGUUUGAAGCGUCAACUGUAGAUGAUCUUUCUGGUGUUUCAAUGAGUAGAGUAUUCUCACAGCUGGUGAAGUCCGAGGGUAGAUGAGGUCACUUUUUCCAAAUCAUGUAUUACAGUACUCUUCUUUUAUCAUUUUUACUGCUUGUCUUCAAAUCAAUAGCUCUCUAUCACCCAUGCGGCAUUGACACUUCACAUUGAAAGUGUCUGGUGUCCAGCACGUGCCAGUCUCGACAUUGACACACGACACUGACAUGUGGUUAUAUUCAUUUAUUCAACCUUCUCAAAUUAUUACCGGUGUGUUAGAGUCGGUGCUUCAUAAUGAUUGAGGCACUUAAAUAGAUUUGUAAAGAAAGAUGGAGUUACUCAAACACACUUUCUUAAUUGGUAACCAGAGGUUUGCACCAUGGUUGAGUGCAAGUUGUGCAACUAUUUAGAUGUACUUUAUUAUCAACCUGAGAAAUACCUACAUCUAAAAAUUGGCAAUGUUGUCCUGCUUAUAAGAAUUCAGUCUUAUGUUUUUGUAUCAUAUGAAAGACUAAGGCCUGUUGUACUUUCAUUUUGUUAUUAUAUGUUUUUACUGACUUGCUGUUA